AUGGAUUGGUUGAAAUUGUUCACUCUUCUUGUAGCUGUUGCAUCUGUAUCUAUUCAGGCAGAUGGACCUAAAAAAAAAAUUCGCAUACAUCUACCACAGAAAGUGAAGCAUAUACACCAUCACAAAAAAAUAUACAUAACGAACCACCCUGCGUCCUCGCAAUAUGCCCCGGCCUACAUGCCGAGCGCUGAGGGCACAGUGGCGGUGCCGACUAGCGCCUUGCCUGGAAUCAACCACAUCGUUCCACUUAACGGCAUGGACCUGUACGAAGAUCAUCAGGGUCGAGUGCCGAGUCUAUCAGCCGCCGCUUCACACCUCCUACCUCUGUACCACGCUAGAGGUUACUAUGGACCAACACACACUGAAGUCGAUGAACAAGAGUAUGACAUAUCAGCAUCUGAGCCAAAUGAAAACUUCGGACCAUCAGGAUAUUCAGCCCAACCCGUAUCUAUUGCGUCAAGUCAUCCAUCGAACCGAGUUAAAAUUAUAAAAUUAAAUGAUCCGCCGCGAAAGAAAGUAGUUAAGAAAAAUAAACCAAAACGAGUUCCUGGACGCCGCAGGCCACCACAACCUGGAACCCUUGCGGAAGUGGAACAUCCGGUAUCCACUUUCCACGAACAAUUUUAUUCCGAUGUAGAUGGUUCAGGAACCAUCAGAAAACUUAAAAAACCACCACGAGUUGAGAAAAUUAUCGACGGUGAUACUGAACACAUUCAUACGUACACCGAAGAACAUAUACAUAAAUUGUUAUAUGAUCAAAACUCUAAAUAUCAAAACAUUAUUGGAGUCGAUCCUUUAUCAGGUAUGACAGCUAUUACAAGACCAACUGCAAUCAAUCGUUUCAAACCUGGACCGACAAUAAUUGCUAUUCCAACACAUCCGUUUGCUGGCUUACCUGCAUUAGGUACAAUGGCCACACCACAUUUUGAAUACGCCGCCUACAAUCCUCGCGAAGUAACGCAUGAUCACAUAUUCCAUGACCAUGGGGAAAUACCUUCUGGAGUUGAUAUUACAAAGGAAGCUUUAAGUUUGCCCAAAGUAUCGUACAAUGGCCAAGGUAUUAGAAUAGGAAACAUUAAGAACAUACAAAAUAAAAUACCAAAGUUCAAAAAGCCGAUAAAAACUCCUACCUCUGAUUUCUCUUACUACGAAGGUAUAUACGGAGAUAGCAGAUUGAAGAAAAACUUACGGCCUCAGUCAGUGCCUUCAUCGGCGUUUGGAUCAACUGCUGAAGAAAACAACUUCAAGCAACUGUCUGAUUACGGAAUAAAAAAAGCUAAUGCCAAACAAAGGAAUUUGAUAUCGUCUUUUUUUGGUAAAUCAGCCACGGAUUUUAGAAUACAACCUUCAAGCAUUUCUUCACCGUAUAGUGUUUCAUCUACAGUCGUACACGACUAUAAGCCCAAUAAUUUUGGAGGCGUUGCGUCUAAUUCAGAAAAUCUAAAUAAAUACAAAGACGCAUUAGCAAAUUUUAAAGAAAAUUAUGCGAACAACUUUGAAUAUGAUACAUUUGGAUCUUCAUCGUCAAAUCUAUAUACAUCGGAAGACAAGAACGAUAGCGGCAGUCUUACUUUAACGCCGCAAAAGGAUAGAAAGAAAUCAAUAUCUAAACAGAAUAUUAAAUUUGGUGGAAAAGAUCACGUCACAUAUGUUGACCAUUUAGGAAACGAUCCGGCGAUAAAUGACGAUACACCCACCGCUUUGGACAAUCUCGAUAUAUUUGACCAGACUCAAUCGACAGAUUUAGUCACUCCCACAGAUGUAUCAUUCAAAUCUCCAUCAUCAAUACAAGAUUUUAUUUCUAUGUUAAGCGCUAAAUCAUUAAAAGGAGAGUCUAUCUCUUUACCAGACGCUUCAAAUGACAACUUUCAGUAUGUGGAAGCCCCAAAAUCUAGCACACCUCACACAACACCUGUAACGACUCCACCAUCCUCUACAAAUCAUCAAAGUAUGGACCAGUCAUCGGACUCAAAAGAAAGCAAGAGAUUACGUGAAGCAAACAAAAAUUCGAAUGAAAAUUUUAGUGUAAUGUCAGGUAACGAUUUUAGGAAAGGAUCUCAGAACUUAGCAGACCAUCAGCGCUCAUACAAUGAUCCCAAUAGCCCAACAACGGUAAGAGGGAAACUUAAAUAUGGUGACAAAAUCUAG